CGAGUGCCAGUCGAUGCCUCUCGUCCCAUGCAUUCGCCAGUUGUGCUUGUGAUUAUAUAUGUAAUAAUUUUAAAACAGGAUUUAUAAAUAAUAUAAGUAGUUAAAAUGGUGGAGAGAAAAGAUAGUCGUGAAAUCGUGACGAUUUUAAUAUUGUGCAUUAUGUGGUAUAUCGUGUCUAGUAGUAACAAUGUUGUGGGAAAGUUGUUGCUGUCAGAAUUUCCGUAUCCUAUGACAGUUACGAUGGUGCAGUUAACCUCAAUCACAACACUUAGUGGACCUUUUUUUAAUAUGUGGGGAGUGAGAAAGAGCAAGUCGGAUAUAUCGUGGGGAUAUUAUUUGAGGCUGAUAGUACCACUUGCCCUGGGCAAAUUUCUGGCCAAUGUCUUCAGCCACGUCAGCAUUUGGAAGGUGCCUGUAUCGUACGCACAUACUGUGAAGGCUACGAUGCCCCUCUUCACAGUAUUCCUGUCCAGGAUAAUUCUACGUGAGAAGCAAACGUGCAAGGUUUACCUCAGCCUUGUGCCAAUUGUCGGGGGUGUUGCCAUUGCGACAUUAACUGAACUCAGUUUUAAUGUAAUUGGAUUGGUCAGCGCCCUAGCAUCCACAAUGGCAUUUUCAUUGCAGAAUAUCUACUCUAAGAAGGUCCUGUGCGACACUGGUAUCCAUCACCUUCGCCUCCUUUUCAUCCUCGGUCGUCUCGCCCUUUUCCUAUUCCUCCCAGUGUGGCUCGCCUACGACCUGAGGACUUUGAUAAGCGAAUCCGUGACUCACUCCAUCAGCUCCAAGGUAAUAGGCCUUCUAAUUCUCGAUGGUGUCCUCAACUGGCUCCAAAACAUCAUAGCCUUCUCCGUAAUGUCCAUCGUUACACCACUGACUUAUGCUGUUGCUAAUGCCAGCAAGAGAAUAUUCGUCAUCGCAGUGACGUUAUUCAUCCUAGGCAAUCCUGUCACUGGUCUCAACAUAUUUGGCAUGACACUGGCCAUUAUCGGUGUUUUUUGCUACAACAAAGCUAAGUACGAUCAGAGACAAGCAGCCAAAAAGGAAUCACUGUUGCCUAGUUACUCCAAUGUUCUUGAUGUCAAGAAAAACGGAAGUGCUUUUCAUGUUAAUGGCUGGACUCCACAGACACAUCGAUUAUUCGCCGUCUAGUCUUCAAUUUAGAUAGAUAUGUUUCAAUUAUUGAUCAAUUUUCAAUUUUUUUUUCAUUGAUGGAAAAACUUGGAGACAUGAUUUGAAGGACUUUUAUUGAGGGGCGGGUUAUUUUUCCAAUGGAAAUUUCAUGUCCUGUGAUGCUUCCACCUUGAAUCAAUUAUUUCCUAGAUAAAUCGUUAAUUAAUAAAAAUGUUGAAUUCGACUUAUCUAAUGACGUACAGUCAUUCGAUUUUUUCAUACAGAAAUUUUGUUCUAUGCACAAAUUGUUUAUCAACUGAAAAAAUUGAAUGAAGCAAAUUACCUAGAUUCCUCAUGAAAUAUUCAUAUUCGUUAAUUUUUCUUCGUCAUGUCUACAUGAUUUUUCUAUAAAUUUGACAGUGGACGGAACUCCAGGAAAACGAAUCCAAUAGUGCAAUGAAUUUUUGAGGAUUCUAGUUCUGGAGGCAGAUAACGUCCAGCCUUGUAGAACUAUUUAUUAAUCGUCUGUUAUUUCAUUAUUCUUGCACAAAUUAUGAGAGAGGAACCGUUUGAAAACGCGACUGGUGUCAUAAUGACUCUUUUACGAUGAUCGACGCGUGGUGAAUUAUUUUUCGUGACUUGUUCGUCCCUGGUGGUAAGGAACGCGUUCAUUUUGGAUAGAUAGGUAUUGACGAAAGGACGAGUCAAUUGCGGGCCCAAUUGGCUUGUAGAGUUCGAUAAUGGCCAGAGUGAGAUUAACCCAUUUUUCAGAGGUUGUCGAGGUGUCCCAGAUCCUGACCCAGAGACAUUUGCCUCGGAGUUACUGGUGUACCUUGCAAGUUAAAGGAGAAUAUAACAAAUGAGAGAUAAAUGAAUUUUAUAAUUUUACAAAUGGUACUUCCUUGAGUGCUCAUACGAGUAUAGACUUCGUGGCCGGAUGGGCUGAUAACUUUUUUGUGGAAUUUGACCCGGAGGAAACGUUUUUCUUUCGAUAAACACAUGUUUAGUUUCCAAAUAUCUCCAAUCCUCACGUUCUCGGAAUUUAAAAACAGCCCACAAUUUCCUGAUUUUAAAUUGAAACCAAAACAAUGGAAUUCAAUAUUAUUUCCAACAAUAUUUUGAUAAAUUCGUUUUCCUCUUCGUGACGUGGACAGCCAGUCCCCACGUGUCCAUCGGUUUAUAUUUAUAAAAUCGGUGAAAAAUAGAGAGAGAGAUCUCGCUCCAUUCAGUAAUGAAAAUAUUUUAGCAAUUUUUAUUUGUUCCAAGUUUUUGAGGAUGGCAAAAAGGAGUGGUGAAUAAUUCUGGUGCGAAUGAAGUGUGCGGGAGAGUGAUCUAGGUAUAACAACAGAAAAUGUAAAAAUUGAUCUAAUAGUAACAUUUAUUUUUGUAUAAAUAAAAAGAGGUAUACGUAAAAAAAUAAGGAAGAGACGAAGGGCUGGAUGAAAUCACGCCCGAAUAAAGUAUUAUUCAACAUCAA